UAUUCAACUUUGUAGCCCGAGCUGAGCUGAGCUGACCUGAAAACUUCCACUGCUUCUGUUCAAGUGACUCUAACAAGACCUCGCCAUGGUGUCAUUGGGACGACAGAUGCUGGGCUUCGUCCUGGCCAUCAUUGGCUUCCUUGGGACCAUUAUUGUGUGCGCCCUGCCCAUGUGGAAGGUCACAGCCUUCAUUGGAGCCAACAUUGUGACAGCGCAGACCAUCUGGGAAGGCCUAUGGAUGAACUGUGUGAUACAGAGUACGGGCCAGAUGCAGUGCAAGAUCUACGAUUCUCUCCUGAUUCUGCCCCAGGACCUACAGGCCGCCAGAGCUCUGACAGUCAUUGCCAUCAUCGUUGCAGCCCUUGGGGUCAUCUUAGGCAUCGCCGGAGGCAAGUGCACCAACUUUGUGGAGGAUACUCGUGCUAAAGCCAAGGUGGCAAUCACUGCUGGGAUCUUCUUCAUUUGUGCUGGUGUUCUCGUCCUCAUUCCCGUCUGCUGGUCUGCCAACACCAUUAUCAGAGAUUUCUACAACCCCAUCAUGACCAACGCCCAGAGGAGAGAGCUGGGAGCUGCACUUUACAUCGGCUGGGGCACAGCUGCACUUCUCAUCCUGGGAGGUGCUCUCCUCUGCAGCUCCUGUCCGCCCAAAGAGAGCCCAGAGUAUCCCGUGAAGUACUCUGGUGCCCGGUCCUCAGCCCCCAGCCGAGCCUACGUCUGAGAGGUCCAAUCUCCUGAGAAAGACUUUGAAUUAUUUACUUUUCUUGAGUAACCCUCCUUUGUUGUGAGUUUCUGACAGCACCACAGGUUGUGUCUCUUUUUUUUUAAGUGACACAUAGCGAGAACUGGUUUUUUGAUGAAUCCAGAUGUCCUGGGUGGAGGCAAGAGAGAGAGUGUUUCUUAAGUAAAAUAGAAGCACAAAGGAUGUAGUUUGGUAUGAUGUGGUGUGAAAACUGGCAAGAAAAUCUGCCAACAACAAGGACUGAAUGAGAGCUAUUCUAUAUAAAGCUUGUGUCAAACCUAAUUUUCCCCUGAAUGUAAAUCUAAGCUGUGCUGGAAGGAUGUUAAUGCUUUUAAUAAGCUAUGAUAGAAGGAAACUUGUACAGUACCCUUGAUAUAUUGUGAAUUUACUGUAUAAUAUAUUUUACAAAUGUUUUUGUU